AUGGUCGCUUCUUCAAUCUUAGGGUUCCCACGUAUUGGUGGUCAAAGAGAAUUAAAGAAAACAACUGAAUCUUACUGGCAAGGUAAGGUUGACGUUGAAGCUUUAUUGGCUCAAGGUAAGCAAUUGCGUGAAACCAACUGGAAGUUGCAAAAGGCUGCUGGUGUUGAAAUCAUCCCAUCUAACGAUUUCUCCUACUACGAUCAAGUUUUGGAUUUAUCCUUGUUAUUCAAUGUUAUCCCAACCAGAUACACCAAGUACAACUUGGCCCCAAUUGAUGUUUUAUUCGCCAUGGGUAGAGGUUUACAAAGAAAGGCCACUGACUCCACUCCAGCUGUCGAUGUUACCGCCUUGGAAAUGGUUAAGUGGUUCGACUCUAACUACCAUUACGUUAGACCAACCUUCUCCCACUCCACUGAAUUCAAGUUGAACACUGAAGCCGGUUUAAAGCCAGUUGUUGAAUACUUGGAAGCCAAGGCUCUCGGAAUUGAAACCAGACCUGUCUUAUUAGGUCCAAUCUCCUACUUAUACUUAGGUAAGUCCGACAAGGACUCCUUGGAUUUGGAACCAAUCUCCCUUUUAGAAAAGAUCUUGCCAGUUUACGAAGAAAUCUUAUCUAAGUUGAAGGAAGCCGGUGCCACCCAAGUUCAAAUCGAUGAACCAAUCUUGGUCUUAGAUUUACCUGAAUCUAUCCAAUCUAAGUACAAGGCUACUUACGAUCAAUUCACCUCUAACGCUGCUCUCCCAGAAUUAGUCUUAACCACCUACUUCGGUGACGUUAGACCAAACUUAUCUGCCAUCAAGGAUCUUUCCGUUGCUGGUUACCAUUUCGAUUUCGUCAGAGUCCCAGAACAAUUCGAAGAAGUUGUCGAAAUUUUAAACGAAAAGCAAACUUUAUCUGUUGGUAUCGUUGACGGUAGAAACAUCUGGAAGACCAACUACUCCAAGGCCGCUGCUUUCGUUGAAAAGGCUAUUGCCAAGUUAGGUAAGGACAGAGUUGUUGUCUCCACCUCUUCUUCCCUUUUACACACCCCAGUUGAUCUUGCCAACGAAAAGAAGUUAGAUGCUACCAUCAAGGACUGGUUCUCUUUCGCUACCCAAAAGUUGGAUGAAGUUGUUGUCUUAACCAAGAACGCCAGAGGUGAUGAUGUUGCCAAGGAAUUAGAAGCUAACGCUGCCUCUAUCAAGUCUAGACAAGAAUCUCCAAUCACCACUAACCCUAAGGUUCAAGAAAGAUUAGCCACCAUCAACGAAUCUCUUUCUACCAGAAAGUCUAACUUCGAAACCAGAUUACCAUCUCAACAAGCUAAGUACAACUUGCCAUUGUUCCCAACUACCACCAUUGGUUCUUUCCCUCAAACCAAGGACAUCAGAAUCAACAGAAACAAGUUCGCCAAGGGUGAAUUAUCUGCUGAAGAUUACGAAGCCUUCAUCAACAAGGAAAUCGAAACCGUUGUUAGAUUCCAAGAAGAAAUCGGUUUAGAUGUCUUAGUCCACGGUGAACCAGAAAGAAACGAUAUGGUUCAAUACUUCGGUGAACAAUUAGAAGGUUACGCCUUCACCACUAACGGUUGGGUUCAAUCUUACGGUUCCAGAUACGUUAGACCACCAAUUGUUGUUGGUGACGUUUCUAGACCAAAGGCUAUGACUGUUAAGGAAUCUGUCUACGCUCAAUCUAUCACCUCCAAGCCAAUGAAGGGUAUGUUAACUGGUCCAGUCACCUGUUUAAGAUGGUCCUUCCCAAGAGAUGAUGUUUCUGGUAGAGUCCAAGCCUUACAAUUAGGUUUAGCUCUCAGAGACGAAGUCAACGAUUUGGAAGCAGCUGGUGUUACUGUUAUCCAAGUCGAUGAACCAGCUAUCAGAGAAGGUUUACCAUUAAGAGCUGGUAAGGAAAGAUCUGACUACUUGAACUGGGCUGCUCAAUCUUUCAGAGUUGCCACUUCCGGUGUCGAAGACUCUACCCAAAUCCACUCCCAUUUCUGUUACUCUGACUUGGAUCCAAACCACAUCAAGGCCUUAGAUGCUGAUGUUGUUUCCAUCGAGUUCUCUAAGAAGGACGAUCCAAACUACAUUCAAGAAUUCUCCAACUACCCUAACCACAUUGGUUUAGGUUUAUUCGAUAUUCACUCCCCAAGAAUCCCAUCUAAGGAAGAAUUCGUCACCAGAAUUGAAGAAAUCUUGAAGGUCUACCCAGCCAACAAGUUCUGGGUUAACCCAGAUUGUGGUUUAAAGACCAGAGGAUGGCCUGAAGUUAGAGAAUCUUUAACCAAUAUGGUUGAAGCUGCCAAGGAAUUCCGUGGUAAGUACUAA